CAGGUUGUGUUAUUACCUGCUGUGUGACUAUGAGCCACACUAAAGUAGAGGUAACAGUGAGAUUAUCGUAUGCAAACCCGUAGUAAAUUGAAUAAUGUCAUUCAUGUACCUGGAGUCAGAAUUUGCUGUACAGACCUGCAUAGAAUGCAGGCCCAUACCCCAGAAUGGCUCCUUCUUUCCUAUACUGAGUAGACACACUGUGCCCCUUUACUGUAUUUGUUUGCUCUCUGCCUUCCCCCAGAAGCACUCUUCAUUCUCCUUUGCCUUUUCACCUGAGCCAGGUUUUCUCUGUCCUCACCAGUUUCUGGCUCCUCAAACUGCUGUUCCUGCUGGGCCUCUGUGCUGUUGCCUUCUGCAUUCCUGAUGAGCACCUCUUCCCAGCCUGGCAUUACAUUGGCAUCUGUGGAGGCUUCACAUUCAUCCUACUACAGUUGGUGCUUAUCACAGCCUUUGCCCAUUCCUGGGACAAGAACUGAACAACCCCGCUCUGGCCUUCUGCAAGCCUCUAUCAUCAGCUGCUAUAUCAUUUAUCUGACCUUCUCUGCACUGUCUAGUCGUCCUCCAGAAAGAGUAAUCCUUCAAGGAAAGAAUCACAGCCUGUGCCUGCCCGGCUUGAGGGAACUGGAACCCCAGACGCCAGACACCUUGCUAGCAAUGCUGAGUGCUGGCUUCAUGUAUGCAUGUGUGCUUCUGGCUUGCAAUGAAGUUUCCUACCUGGCUGAAGUAUUUGGGCCCUUGUGGAUUAUCAAGGUUUAUAGCCACGAAUUCCAGAAGCCCUCACUCUGCUUCUGCUGCCCUCCAACCGUGGAGCCUGAGGAUGGGCAGAGGGCUGGGACUGCCAAGCAAGAUGACCCCGAGACACCCCAGGCUCCUCCAGUGCAAGGCCAGCAGCUUUCCUACAGCUACUCUGCCUUUCAUUUUAUCUUCUUCCUUGCCUCACUAUACGUCAUGGUGACGCUUACCAACUGGUUCAGCUAUGAAGGAGCAGAACUGGAAAAGACCUUCACCAAGGGUAGCUGGGCUACCUUCUGGGUUAAAGUCGCCUCAUGUUGGGCCUGUGUACUCCUGUCUGCAGGACUGUUACUGGCACCGCUCUGCUGGUCUCCCACCCCAGCUUCCCAGCCUCCUCCUGUCUUCAGGCAACACUGCCAUCGGAUCACUGUCACCAGAUAACAAGCCUCUGGCCUGUGUCCUAACAAACUCUGGUUCCUGAGGUUGUACUCCUACUCUAGGCUCAGGUAAACUGUCCAGCACAGCUCAGUACCUCAAGGACAGCAUGGGGAGCCAUGUCCCCUUAGGCUUAGGCCAUUACUAUGUCUGAAUUGGGAGAAUUAGUCAGCUGCACACACCCUCACUAGAGCUACCAUAUGUCUUCACCCCAGUUCAAAAGCCUAACUCCCAAAUCAGCAACUCAGGAACCACUACUAAUUUACAGCAGACAGUGUGGCACCAGCCCUUUCCUGGCUCUUGAGCUGAGGUGGGGGUGGGGAAAGACCAGGGACUAAAGACUUAGCUCUGCCCAGAGAAGAAAAAAAAAAUCAGUUCAGCCUGAGCUCAGCGAUGUAAGCCCAGAACCAAUCAGGACAUAGCAAGAAAGCAGCAGAGACUACCUCAGGUUUUAAUCCUGAUUUGGAGGUCUAGGGCUAAGUGGCAAGAGAGAACCCACCCUCAAGAAUCAAAGGAGAGAAUGUGAAUGCUUUGAGAGCAGCUGACCACAGAAAUCAGUGAGCAGCAGGAAUAUUUGGCCAACUUACAAGCAGACGAACGAACUGAGGAACAAUGAGGAGGAAAUCUAUAAACUUAGGUCUUGGAGCCUUCCCUCAGGCUCCCAACUCCAUCGUUGGGCUGGUGUUCGAGGUCUGGGUAGGGGACAAAAAUCACAGAAAAGAAGUUUCUAUGGUUCUUAAAGGAAUCCUCUACCACAUACAUCUUAUCCUGGCUGACACAAAACAAUAAAUAAGGCUUCUCCUGU